CGUCCUUAAUGAAGAAUCCUAAUCUCUCACUAAAACGUUGUAGGGCCACGUGGGACAGAUACAUCAUGCGGUUGAUGAGCCUCACAUUCUUGCCUGUAAAUACUCUCUCAAAAACCAGUCCCUAAACUUGCUAAUCCCAAACCACCCAAAAAAGAGAAUCACUCAUCUGAACGAACAUGAAUGCAUUUCAAAUUUCUAUCCGUUUCCCUUCCUUCACUAGCCGUUGCGAAAUCAGAUUCUUGUCCCCCAUAAAUACUAUCCCUUGUUCACAAAGGAAGCUUGGUUCUGCUCCCCAUGUUCAGAUUCUUAAGAGAAGAGAGCUUGUCUGGAGAGAGAGAUUGUGGUUGAUGAAUAAGAAUUUGAAGAGAGAGAGGGUUGUUUUGGUGCAAGGGUUUGGGUUCAAUGGUGGAAAUGGAAAUGAUGAGAGUAAUAACACUGCUAGGGUUGUGGGGAACCUGGUUCUGGCAAUUGGGUUGGCUUAUCUUUCACUUACAGGGCAGCUUGGGUGGCUCUUGGAUGCCAUAGUUUCCAUUUGGAUAUUUGCUGUGCUUCUUCCUGUUGUAGGCCUUGGGGCUUUCUUAUGGUUUGUGGGACGAGAUAUCGUUCAAGGAACUUGCCCAAAUUGUGGAAAUGAUUUUCAGAUAUUCAAAUCUUCUUUAAAGGAUGGACAGCAACUAUGCCCAUUUUGUAGUCAGCCUUUCACAGGUAAAACAAAACUUGCCAUUCUUGUUUUGAAUGCAACUUUCUGAUAUCCCUUUGCCUUU